UGUAAAUUGUACACGGUAUUGAUGAAUGUGAUUGCUGUGCGAGAGACUGGACAUUGUCAGUAAGCCCUUCUGCCAGUGUACAACUAAGAUAGAAAUAGAAACACAACAUUUCCGCCAACUGAGGGCCAACUCCACUUCUACACGGCUCAUUAUUUACCCCAUCUUUGAACCGCCGAUCACUGCAAUCGAUAUAUUACUCCCUCAUCCUGCAAGUGUCUGAGUCCCGAGUGCCAGUGUCGAUAGAGAGAGAGACACCGAACGCCGCUGCUAUUUUUUUUCACACUGGUGAUUUCGCUCCAUACCUAAGCAGCCCGUGGUGUUGUUGUUACUUUUGUUGAGGCCUCCGAGAGCCUACAACGCGUAACACGUCGAUUCUCUCCCAGCCUCACUUUCUUUCGUUCCGAGCCGGCUAUUGUGCUCGGAGUAUACUAUACUACAACUCGCCCACGAACGAAAGCACGUACGAUACGACACGACAUACCAGCAUCCAACGAACCCAACACCAACCAACCCUCUCUAGAUUUCACGAAAAAAUGGCAGCGAUCCACCGUCCCGCCCACCUCACCCACCACGCCGCCAAACUCGCCUCAUCCGCAUGUCUCAAAAAAUCCCAAGAAAUCGGGAUCCCCAUGAACAUAGCGAUCGUGGACGCCUCCUUGUAUCUCCUCCACUUUGAGCGCAUGCCCGGCGCGAAACUGACAUCCGUCGACAUCGCCAUCAACAAGGCCUUUACUGCCGCGGGCCACAAGGCCCCGACCUCAGUUUACAAGGAGAACGUGUGGCCUGGCGGUCCCGCAUUCGGAUUGAACAAUAGCAAUAACGGCAGGUUUAUGUAUGUCGCGGGUGGGAUUCCGAUCGUUGUUGACGGCGAGGUUGUGGGUGCUAUCGGAUGUAGUACGGGCACACCGGCGCAGGAUACGGAGGUUGCGCAGGCUGGUGUGGAUGCUGUGAAUGAAUAUGUCAAGCAGCUGCAGCAACAGGGACAGGGUCACAAGUUGAAGGCUAAGUUGUGAUAAUGUGAUACUAGUAUACUGGACCAUACUGUAUGAGUCGAGUCUGCCCAAGGUUGUGUCUGGGCGAAACAAAAAAAAAUAUUACCGUAUAUGAGAGUCAACCUGACCAAGAGGAGGAAAUUUGGGUGUUUCCCUUUUUGGUGUGUGACUUGAGUAUCUAGUCUUCGGGAGUAUAUUUUGGAAACGAGGCCCUUGGGUUUUUGGACUCGACGGGCUAUCCUGUCAACGUGGGCCAUGUCGGCAUGACCAACGACGCAGGAUAUGAUAGUAGGACGGUAUCGUGGUUUUCUGCCUGCAAGAUGACAGGAAAAUAUAUUCCCAUAUCGAAGAGCCGAGUGAGAAGAGCCUUUGCUGGCGGUUUGAUGCGGACUGCCUAUGGCGGCGAAUUGAUUGAGGUUAUUAUCAUAAUGUGCGAUUUGAUCGUUUCCAGGCAGAGUCUGAGUUUGCAUGCCUCUGCCUGCGAAAUGGUAUUUGACGUGUUUCUUUGGCGCCAACAGCGGUGUUGCUAAUACCGAUACGGGACUGUUUUGAAGUGUGUCCGAGAUCGAUAUAAAUGGGCGUGAGAUCGCGCACCACGCCAUCUCCGGCUCAGGAACAGCCCACCUAACCCUCUCCGUGUUGCUCAAUGCCAUAUGUACAGUAGUCUGCAUCAUCUGUGUUUCAUGUGAAGGCUGCCGCUGCCUUGUAUACAGUAUUGCCUGUAACCGCA